CUUUCAUAAUCUUCUAUCAUGAACGGAGAAAUCUUCAACGCCAACCCAACUGUUUACGCUUUAUCAAAGCGCUCUACCCGUAAAUCAAAAUUUGAGGCUGGGCAGUCACUAUGGAUUGACGAACAGUAUCAACCCGAGCUCAGUAGCGAGUCUGAAGUUGAGCCUAUCGACGAGGAUGAGAUAUUUGACUUGAUCCGCUCUAUCGCAGAUCCUGAGCAUCCUAACUCUCUCGAAGAACUCAGGGUAGUGUCAGCAGAGCAGAUUGAAAUGGGUGACAAUCAUAUCAUGGUCGAGUUUACGCCCACCGUACCUCACUGUGGGAUGUCGACGUUGAUUGGGCUGUCCAUUCGUGUGCGAUUGAUGAGAAGUUUGCCCCAGCGUUUCAAAGUGGAUAUCCGAGUGAAGCCAGGAUCCCAUCAAAGUGAACUUGCAGUAAAUAAACAGUUGAAUGAUAAGGAGCGUGUUGCUGCUGCUUUGGAAAACCCUGCCCUGGUGGAGACACUAGAAAAGUGUCUAGAACCUGUCGGGUGACAUGACAGCCUGUAGCAAGUACCAAUUCUUUAAGUGAUUUUGUGACAAGUUGUAUCUAUAGUUUUUAUCUUACAGGAUUGUAGCACCCUUUGUUCUUCUUAAGUGCAGCCGUGCUGUUCCCAAUAUAGCGAUUCCCUUCCCCCUA